CAGCAGCAGGACACUUUGCUGCUGCUUCAGGACAAAAAAAUUAGAGAAGCGUGUUAUUUUCGCCUUGAAAAUGUCAAAACAUUUGCUCUUACUGCUAGAGAAAAUGGGCUGGUUCUUUGGAUCGAUGAACACGGCCGUCUUCCCCCUGAGAAGUGUGUCUGCUGCCGUUGAGAGGAAAAAUAACCGAAGGUUGAUUAGUAGUCGGUGGUGCGACUUGUUUCAGGCGACUGGCUGAGUCUGAGAUCCUGGACAAGAAGGUUGGAGAGACGUGUCUGUGUCAGCAUAAUUACAAACAUAACGUGUGACUGAGAUGGCCCUCGUUGCCUCCCACCGCCAGCAUCCGCUAUGAGACCUGCUGCAUUUGACGGAUGAAAUUCCAGGGUUCAUGAUGCUUGAGGCACCAUGUGGUAUCUGGGGUUUGUUGCCAUAAUCAUGCUGAAAAUACGCCCACCUAGGAAAAAGCUGGAGUUAUAUUGGAUGAGAGUGUUGCAAGAGUUGUGCAAAGCCUUACAGUACCUGUGGGCAUCGCUCUUUGGAGUCCCAGACAGCUGCAGAGUUCCUGUAAUGCGUCCCCAGGCCAUAGUAUUCCCUCCAGGUGCGAUGGUAGAUGUGGCCAGCCUAACGUUUGGAGUCCUAGAUGAAAAAAUGGGGAAGCACUUGGAAGAACAGAAGGGGUCCACAUUCCAGGGUGUGAUGUGGACCCCAGGAAGACAAGAGGCAGACCUUGCAUGGGCUCCAGAUGAGGAGAUCCUGGAGGAAGAGGAGGAGGAUCCUGUGGUUGCUGCAGACAUGAAGUUCUUGGAGGCUGACUGUCUGAGGGAGCCUGUGACAGGGGAGCUAGAGGUCACCCUAGCUGACUGGCUGGAGUGGGAUACUAAUGAGGAGAUUCCUGAAGAGUUCUGCCAUGAAGUCUGCUUGGAAGCUAUUCCUAAGCCACCUCUGUCCCAUUUUGAAAUAACAUCUGUGUGCAGUCCCACCACUGUGUCUACUGAUGGGGAGAUGGAAUGGGACAGUGAUUCAAGCUGGGAUGAUGAUGAUGAUGAUGAUGAUGACGACACCAAUGAAAACUUGGAAAGAAACUCUGAGCUCUGGGAGUCCUUCAUGCGCAAUGAUGAUCCAUACAAUCCUUUCAAGUGCUCCUCUGUUACAGCUGUGAAUGAAAGACAUGUCAAGAGGACAGAGAGCUGCACACAAAGGCCUCUUCAGAUGAAUGGAAGGAGGGAAGAUGUGUGUGACACAGAGUCUUCUCCUCCAGAGGAUGAGAAGAUGACGGUGUCAAGCAGGAAGGUGCGGUUCAGCAACGUUGUGAAAGUGCACCCCCUGGUGACAUGGAGCUUCGCCAGCCGUGCAGCGCGUGAUGGUUCCUGCUGGCAGGAGAUAGCAAGAGACCGAGCAAGGUUUAAGAGGAGGGUGGAUGCUGUUAAUGAAAUCAUCAGUCCCUGCCUUCUGCCGGAGCACAGAGCCAUGGUGUGGGAAAGAGUGCAGCUACUGUAAAUGGGUCAACUGCCAAACUAUACUUAAAUUUAGCAUGGUGUGUUGUCUGUUCAAUUAAUGCAUUGCUGUUCUGUGCACUUAGUUGUGUCCAGUGUGAUUGCUUCACUUGUGUGUCCCUCCACUUUUU